AUGAACUCCACUGAGCUUAAUACCGGCAUUACACUUAUUAUUACUUACCCUGGAUGGCUCUUCAGGGUCACUAUCUCCUUCUUGAUGACUCUAUUCUUCAUCAUCUUUGUGUAUUUCACGAUCAUCAUACUGAACGUCUUCUUCACCACUCCCCAGGUCCGGGAGACCGCACGUUACAUCUUGUUCAUUCACAUGCUUCUGAAUGAUUUGGUCUAUCUACUCAUCUCAUUUAUGCUUUUUACAUUUUCAGGCUACAACAUACGGGUGACAGUACCAAUAUGUCUUGUAAUUAGCAGUUUUCCAGGAUGUAUGUUCAGGAUUACUCCUUAUAACUUGGCCCUCAUGUCCUUGGAACGUUAUACAGCCAUCUGCCACCCAUUACGAUAUGCAGAGUUGUGCACGGCCCAGAGAUCGGGCCUUGCCAUUGUUUACAUGUGGACAGUGGGGACCAUUCCAGAACUUUCAAAUGUUAUUGCCUAUUGUUGUUCUGUAGAUCCAAGAACCUUCAACCUUAAUGUUAUCUGUGACUGGAGAUCAUUGACCGUGAGCAACGCCCAAGUGGUUAUAAAAACAUUCACUGAUAUCCUCAGCUUCUCCAUGGUAGGUCUGAUUAUCGCCUACACAUAUGUUAAAGUUAUGCUGGUCGCUCGGAGAAUGGACUCCAAGGCCUCCAAGGCCGGCAAGACGGUCCUGCUCCAUGGUUUUCAGCUUCUGUUAUCCAUGUUGUCUUUUACCACUACACUUACCGAAACUUAUUUGAUGACGUAUUUUACCUUUUUGCCCUAUAUCAACUUCUUCUUGGUGAUGUCUCUUCCUAGAUUUGUCAGCCCUUUGAUCUAUGGCAUUAGAGAUGAAGUGUUUGGUAAAGCUAUGAGAAAGUUCCACUUAGGCAGAAUGCUAUCCUUAUGUUCUAGAAAGUAG